AUGGCUUCGAUUCCUUCUAUUCCAUCAAAUUCGAGUACUGGUUCUCUUGGGAAUGAGAUUAUACCUGCAGUACAAAGAGAAGAAGAGGUUCAGUCUCAUAAUCUUGCCACAUCGAAGGAACUCAAGAAAGUUGCUGCAAAGAGAAAGAGGGAACCGGCACAGAAAGGACUAAAGAAACCUCCUCGAAGCUGGGUUUGGGAGCAUUUCACCAAGGAGGAGCACCCGCUUAUGGGAAUUGUUGAUGGAAAGGAGCAGCAGGUUGGGCAUACCACAAGAGCACAAUGUAAGUAUUGUCCUACUCACCUAGCAUGCAAUUCGAUUAGUAAUGGAACUAGUUCUCUGAUAAAGCACAUAGAAGUUCUAUGCAAGGAAUAUCAAUGUAGAAAUCAAUUAGCAGGGGGUCAAACUCAGCUUGUUGCUGAUGGUUUGGAUGAUAGUAUGGUAGCUAGGCAUUGGACUCAAGAAGCUGGCAUUCAAGCUGCUACGGUUAUGAUAGUCAUGGAUGAAAUGCCCUUUAGUGCCAUAGAAAGACCCGGGUUUAGGUAUUUUUGUAAGGUGACGGUUCCAAAAUUUAACGUUCCUUGUAGGAAGGUUAUUGUUAAGAAUUUUUUGAAGAUGUAUGAGUUGAAGAAGGAAGAGCUGAAAAGGGAAUUAAGUUCUCAUUGUGUGUGUUUGACGACCGAUACUUGGACAUUGCUUCAGAACAUUAACUAUAUGGUCUUAACUGCCCAUUUCAUAGAUAAUGGGUGGAAAUUGCACAAAAGAGUUAUCAAUUUCUGUGUGAUCCCAAAUCAUCAGGGAAUUACAAUAGGAAAGAUUUUGGAGUCGUGUUUGAGGGCUUGGUCUAUUGAGAGGGUGUUAACUAUUUCUGUGGAUAAUGCUUCCGCAAAUAAGCAUGCAAUAGACUAUAUCAGGAAAAAAAAUGAACACUUGGGAAAAGGGGACUGUUUUGGGAGUAUAAGAAAUGCAGUUAGAUAUGUUAGAAGUAGCUCAUCAAGGUUGGAUGCAUUCAAGGCUUGUUGUGAAAAGGAGGAUUGUGAGUCGAAGAAGAUUUGUGUGUUGGAUGUUCCAACAAGGUGGAAUUCCACCUACAUUAUGUUGGAGACAGCUCUAGGGCUUAAAAAGGCAUUUGAUAGGCUGCAAGAUGAUGAGGAUGUAAAGUACACGAGUUACUUUGAUGAAGAUGAAGAGUUGGUUGAGGAGGAUGGUGAUGAACCAGAUGAUUUCAGUGUUAAUUUGUCUCAAAUUAGGACCCGGUCUUCUAGGAAGAGAGUUGGACUGCCUAAUGAGGCAGAUUGGGCCAAGGCAGUGGUGUUCACCAAAUUUUUAAAGGUGUUUUACGAAGUUACUUUGAGAAUGGCACACAAGAUGAGGGCUAAGUAUAAAAAAUACUUCGGAAAGCUUGAGGACAUUAACCAACUUUUGUUGGUUGCAUUGGUUUUGGAUCCUAGGUAUAAGCUUAGGAAUGUUGAAAGUAUGUGCAAGUGGAUGUUGAACAUGGAAGAUUCGGUAGUGAAGCAAAAAAGUAGUGAGUUGAAAGACUUGGUGGUGACUCUGACUGAUUUGUAUGCUGCUGCUAAUGGUCCUUCAGGUUCACAAAAGACCAAAUCAAUGUCAUCAUCUGAUGUCACUCAAGUUGGUGGCAGUAGCCAUGUGAGUGGAAAGAUGGCAGAUAUGCUUUGGGAUUGA